ACGAUUUGGUCCUGGGAACGAGAGUGAAAAGUCAUCUUUGAAGUUUUCCCCCUGAGGACGAGUGCGGAGUGUCAGCUGAUGAGAAGUUUGCAGAAUUGUAGCCACGAUCACAGACCUAGAAACGGGAUUUUUAAACUCUUACGGCCAGUAAUAACAUUAUGUGGAAGGUUUGCACAUCAGUGUUAAGGAGAGGUCUGCAAGACUACAGUAAUCUGAGAGUCCUUCCCUUGUUGAGUCGACAUCUGUCAUCCUCUAGCACAGGUUCAGUAGACCCUGCACCGACUGUGUCCUCCCAGCAUGAUGGAAUCAGAACUAUCACACUCAACAAUCCUAAGAAAAGGAAUGCCCUAUCCCUGGCCAUGCUGGAGAGCCUGAGGAGAGACUUGUUAGGAGGAGGAAGUCAGGACGACCUGCAGGUCAUCAUCAUCGCUGCAGAAGGACCUGUGUUUUCUGCAGGCCAUGACCUCAAUGAACUAUCCCCAGCACAUGGCAGAGACAAACACACUGAGAUCUUUGAUGCCUGCACCAAAGUCAUGACACUUGUACAGGACUUGCCGGUCCCUGUCAUUGCAAAAGUUCGAGGUCUGGCUACAGCUGCAGGAUGCCAGCUGGUGGCCAGCUGCGACAUCGUGGUUGCUUCAGACACAGCGCAAUUUGCAACACCUGGGGUGAAAGUUGGACUGUUCUGUAGCACCCCUGCUGUAGCUUUGGGACGGGCGGUGCCCAGGAAGGUUGCUAUGGAGAUGCUCUUUACAGGACAACCAAUCACAGCACAGGAUGCGCUACUACACGGCCUUGUGAGUAAGGUUGUCCCAGAGCCAAAGUUGGAUGAAGAGACUCAUAGACUGGCCAAGCAAAUCUGUACCACCAGUAGGUCAGUGACAGCAAUUGGAAAAGCCUGCUUCUACAGCCAAAUAACCAAGUCCAGGGACGAAGCUUACAGGGAAGCAGGAGAAGUGAUGGUGGACAACCUCCAGACAGCGGACGGGCGGGAGGGCAUCAACGCCUUCCUGGAGAAGAGAAAACCCACCUGGACACACCAAUGAGGUCGUCUGUGGUCACUCAUCAUCCCAACAAGUGGUCAUCAACCCAAGCAUCAUGCUCUGACUCAGGGCUGUCUCCGGGACCCGUCCCUCCAUCCAUCCCAGAAUGGAAAAUUUCUUGUUGGGAUGGAAAUAGUUUUUACCCAGUCUGUCCCAAAAAUGAUGUUGUUGUUGUUGUUGUUGUCUCUAUAUCCACUUGGAUCAUCGGACGGGGGUCACAUGUGCUGUUGUAUGUCUAAAAUGAUAAUUUUAUGACCUGAAACUGUUCAAAAUGUAUUUUCAUAAGCUUAAAAUAACAUAUCUUACGAGGAAAAUCAACAAUAAUAGUGGGACAGAAAGAAAAUUAAAGAUGGAUGCAGCACUGCCCACACUUUCUCAAGCAGGUAGUAGCCUGAGUGUGAUUUCCCCUGGUGAAAUAAAUAAAAUGAAAUGAAAUGUCAAGCCCUAGAUUUUCAUUUGGUCACCUCAUCAGGUAACCAAUGAUCUCAUCCAGGCAUAAUUCAAUCAUCUUUAUAUUUCAAUUAUAUGACAAUUAUGUCUGUAAAGAUGACAGAAUGGCCAUAAUUUGUGUCUGUCAUUACUAAUGACAUUCUGCCAAAUGGUGGUACAUGUAUUACUAGUAUAUACAAUCAGGUCAUACAGGGAAUUGCCUACUGGUACCCUAAACUCAACUGAGCUGAGAAUGAACUGAGAAUGUUGUAAAAUUUCCUAUUGCAGGAGAAAGCAAUUUAUCAUGAUUGCAGAGAUUAUCAUCCUCAGGAUUUCAUGUUGCAUGUCAAUCCUUUUUGAUUGUUGAAAGCUCCUUUUAUCUCCCCUGUCCUUUUUAUACAGGAGAAAAUGAUGCAAAUGUACUUUGAGGUCGGCCACUUUGAUAUGUAUGUGGUAACCUUAAUCAACGUCUGGUCCAAUCAUGUGCUAGCAAUCAUUAGGAGAAUGUUGGGUUUUAUUCAUGUAAUUAUAUGGCGCCAUUUGCUGUGGCCAGCAAUGUGUAAUGCAUAAUAAGCUGUUUCUCAGGUUUAGUUGUGCAUGUGCAGUGAGAUCCACUGUAGGUAUAAUAUGUCAAAGUUGAAGGCACUAAGUUGUUACCUAACAGUUCUUGUCUAAUACCAUGGUUGACAUACUUCAUCCGUUCAUGAAUGUUUGUAUGUAUGGGGGGCCUUCAACUUUGACAUAUUGCCCACGAUGGAUCUUGCACUGCAUGCAAAGUUUAAAAUUUUGAACUGUCAAAAACCUAUAAAAUCGUUACAUUGUUGAAAGAAGUCUUUACUACUGUUACUAGUAAGUCUGUAAUGUUACAUAUGUAUGAUGUCCCCACACUUGAAACAGAAAUCUUGGUAAUUGAUUUGACAUGUCUCUGUGGCCAAGCGGUAAUGCAACCUCACUGCUUGGCCAUCUGGAUCCGAUUCCAUAGAUCCGUAAGCCAGAGUUCGAUCCCAGGGUCGGCUCAGCCAGGACAUGUUGUAAGGGAUUGCAUUCAUCCUUCGGAAGGGACAUAAAAUGGUUGUUGAGGAGGUGCCUCGAGGAUGUAAAACAGCCUCAUUACUCAGAUUGGGUACCUAAUGGCUGCAGUAAUGCACCAAGGUGAAUUAAUUUAGGUUGACACUUGACAGUCAUUACGUAAAGAGGGGCUGCAAUAUAACAUUAAGGUAAAUGAAUAAUGUUAACAUUAUAAUGUUACAUUGAUUUUGUAUUUUAGGAUUAUUUAUCUCAAAUAUUGAUGGUCAGUCAUGUCUGUUUAUAGAUAUUAUAAUAUUUCUCAAAGUUGAUUGUA